AUGGCUGAGAAAAUCGCUCUUGUUGAAGGUUUCCUGAGCUGCCAUGUGUGUUCAGAGACUUUCAGAGAUCCUGUGUCUCUGAGCUGCAACCACAGCUUCUGUUCAAGCUGCCUGCAGAAAUUCUGGGAACAAACUGAAAACAAGAACUGUCCCAUCUGUAAGAGAAGAUCUUCUAAGAAUGUGCCAAUAGAUUCUCUCCUUCAGACUCACAAAGUGGUUUGCAUUGAUCAAGCACCUGGCGAGCUAAAAGAGCGGCUUAAAUCUGACUUAAAGUCUCUGCAGGACACGAGGAACAAACACAAACAGGUGGAGGAAACAUAUGAUGAUGUGAUUCAACACUCCAAGAAGCAGGUGUUGUCCACAGAGAGACAGAUCAGAGCAGAGUUCAACAAUCUCCACCAGUUCCUGAAAGAGAAAGGA